AUGUCUAUUAAUAGCAGAGUGCAGAAGUCCAAUUCGAAUUACAAAGAACCUACCAUGAUUCGUAGCAUUAAGCUUUGUGGCUACCGAGGUUUAACUUUAGAACCAUAUGUAAGUUCUUUUCAACUAUUCAGUAACUACUCAUCUGCAAAAGGAAAUGCUAAUCUAAACCUUCCAAGGUUGCCAGUACCGAAACUUAAUGAUACACUGUCAAAGUAUCUUAAGACAGUAAGGCCAUUCCUGAAUGAUGAAGAAUUUGUGGUUACAGCAAAUCUUGUAAAAGAAUUUGGCUCCCAUGGCGGAGUUGGAGUAAAAUUACAGAGCCUUUUAGAAAAAAAAGCAGAGAAGCACUUGAACUGGCUUGAAGAGUGGUGGUUAAACAGUGCAUAUUUAGAAUAUAGAAAUCCUGUUGUUGUAUUCUCCAGUCCAGGCUUAGUAUUUCCAUUUCGAAAGUUCAAUAGUCAACAUGAGCAGUUGCAGUAUGCUGCAAAAACACUAUUAGCUGCUCUGGACUACAAAGCUUUAAUAGAUGAAGACAAAAUUCCAGUUGAGAUGAUGGGUAAAAGCCCAUUAGAUAUGGCUCAGUACAAAAAAAUCUUUGGAACAUGCAGGAUUCCUGGUGAAAAACGGGACAAAUUAUCAUUCAAUGAUAGCAAAUAUGUCACAAUAUGCCAUAAUAACCAUAUUUUCCACGUGGACCUUUGGGGUGAUGAUAACAAAAGGUUAAGCGAGGAUCAAAUCGUGCAGGCGUUAAAAAAAGUUAUAGAACUUUCUGCAACUGCAACGAGCGAAGCAAUUGGCGUGCUUACAUCAGACAAUCGAGAUAAUUGGGCAGAGGCGUAUCAAGCACUCUGUAAAGACCAAGUAAACAAACGGUCAUUAUUAGACGUGGAGAGAAGUCUCGUGGUGUUGUGUUUAGACGCUCCCACGGGAUUAUGGAAUUGUCCGGACAAGUCUGCGCGGCAGAGUCUCGCCGCCGCGCAGACUAUUCAUGGCGGCGGUACGCAAAGCAACGGCGGCAACCGCUGGUUCGACAAAACUGUGCAGUUUAUCGUGGGUGCAGACGGUAUCACUGGUUUGACGUACGAACAUUCACCGGCCGAAGGACAACCUAUCGCUGUCUUGACAGAUUUUAUUAUUAACUAUAUAGAUCAGGGCAAAACUAGCAAUGAACCUGCGUCUGCUAGUCCUAAGGAGCCGGUCAGACUUAACUUCAAUGUUACCUCUGAUAUAUCCAACAAGAUUAAAACAGCACAGAAAAAUCUAGACAGAUUGGUUGCGGAUUUGGAAUUGAAUUGCUUUACAUUUGAUAGAUACGGUAAAAACUUUAUCAAGUCACAGAAACUAAGUCCAGACAGCUACUUGCAAAUGGCUAUGCAGUACGCAUUUUACAGGCUUCACAAAACUCCCGGCGCUCACUAUGAGUCAGCAGCCACACGUAUGUACGCUGGCGGACGAACUGAGACGAUCCGCUCGUGCUCGGUAGAAUCCGUCGAAUUCGCCAGGACCAUGCUCGAUGAGCGAAUGACUCCGAAAGCCAAGUUGGACAGCAUGAACAAAGCUAUUAAAGCUCACAAGGAUUACACUGUACAGGCUUUGCAAGGCUUUGGCGUUGACAGACAUCUACUCGGGUUAAAGUUAACUGCAAUUGAAAAUGGUAUAGACGUACCAAAAUUAUACUCAGACGCUGGAUUCCACCGAAGUGCUCAUAUGAGAAUUUCUACUAGUCAGGUGGCCUGCAAGUGCGAUGGUUUUAUGUGUUACGGACCGUUGGUACCUGACGGAUACGCUACGUGCUACAAUCCCAGAGACAACGAUGUGAAUUUCGCGACUGCUGCCUUCGUUUCCAAUCCUGUCACCAGCUGCGAUAAAUACAGGAAGGCACUAGAACAAUCAUUGCAGGAUAUGCACGACGUUCUUGUUCAAAAUAUUAAAUCAAAAUUGUAA